UCCCUCUCUUUCUUUCCACUCUCUGUCUGUCUGUCUCUCUCUCUCCCUCCCUCCAUCCCUCCCUCCCCAGAACAUGGCUGUCUGCACGGCCGACCUAAACGCGAAAACCGAACGCUGAUGAGACGGCCACCAGAUAAUCCAAGCCCUAAGCGUUUUAGGGUCUGUUAAUAUCCAUUAAGGGAAGCCUCCAGGACUCGUUCCUUAAUUUUCUGGUACAUUUUCACCUUGAAAGCCCUAUGUUUCUCUUCAUUCAAACGCUCAAGGACAAUUACUGAGUUGGUUUUCCGUUUUUGUUUUCGGAAAUGUUUGUACUUUACUCGGUUUUUACGCGUGAGGUGAACUAAAAGUAGAUCACAGUUGCUCUUGAUGAAUUUGGAUCAUGGAUAUUGUAGAGGUUGAAGAUAAUUUAUUUGCAAUUGGUGAUCCAAAGUUACAUGGAGGAAUAUGCAAGACACUUACUGCAAUUUAUUUGAGAGUGCUAGAAAUUUUCCCUGACCUGGAAGCAGCACGGCCUAGGAGUACAACAGGUAUUCAGGCAUUAUGUUCUCUGCACAUAGCAAUUGAGAAGUCCAAGGCUAUCAUUCAGCAUUGCUGUGAAUGUAGCAAACUUUACUUGGCCAUCACUGGUGAUUCUGUUGUUCUCAAAUUUGAGAAGGCAAGGUGUGCUCUUGGAGAUAGUCUUAGGCGGGUAAAAGAUAUUGUUCCACAAGAUAUUGGUUGUCAGAUUUCAGAAAUUUUAAGGGAAAUCGAGGGGAUUGAGUUCUCAAUUGAUCCAUCAGAGAAGCAAAUUGGUGAUGAAAUUAUUGGAUUGCUCCAGCAAGGGAGGAAAUUUAACAGUAACUGCAUUGACAAUAAUGAGCUAGAAUCUUUUCACCAUGCUGCUUCUAGGCUUGGCAUUACUUCUUCAAGAGCAGCUCUAAGGGAAAGAAGAGCACUAAAGAAAAUAAUUGAAAGGGCUCGGACUGAUGAAGACAAGAGAAAGGAGUCAAUCGUGGCAUUUCUUUUACACCUCAUGAGAAAAUACUCUAAGCUUUUUAGAAGUGACUUCUCUGAUGACAAUGAUUCACAGGGUUCGGCACCUUGUUCCCCUACUGUUCAAGGCUCUUUUGAAGAUGGUGGUGAUUGUCAUCCCUUUGAACGACAACUUUCGAAACUCGGUUCCUUCAAUUUCAAGCCAAACUUCAGGAAAUCAGGGAAGAUGCCUCUCCCUCCGGAAGGGUUGAGAUGUCCAAUAUCUUUGCAGCUCAUGUAUGAUCCAGUCAUCAUUGCUUCUGGGCAAACAUAUGAAAGGAUUUGUAUUGAAAAAUGGUUUAGUGAUGGGCACAACACCUGUCCAAAGACUCAACAACAGCUCUCUCAUCUUUCUUUGACUCCUAAUUAUUGUGUCAAGGGCCUUGUUGCUAGUUGGUGUGAGCAGAAUGGAAUUCCCAUUCCUGAUGGACCUCCAGAGUCUCUUGAUCUCAACUACUGGAGGUUGGUUUUGUCUGAGAGUGAGUCCACAAACUCAAAGUCAAUGGACAGUAGUGGGGCCUGCAAGAUGAAGGGUGUAAAGGUGGUUCCUCUAGAGGAGAAUUGUAUAAUUGAAGAGUCCGGAGGAAAUGAAGUGGAGGACUUGCCUAUACAAGAGGAAGAGUACAGUAAUAGUGCAUAUGAGAGAUAUGAUGACCUUUUGGUAUUGUUGGACAAAGAGGAAGACAUGAUGAAAAAGUGCAAAGUGGUUGAACAAAUUAGGAACUUGCUUAAGGAUGAUCAGGAAGCCAGGGUCUAUAUGGGUGCUAAUGGGUUUGUUGGAGCACUAUUGCAGUUUUUAGAGUGUGCUUUGCAGGAAAGGCAUGAAAUUGCUCAGGAAAUUGGAGCUAUGGCUCUCUUCAAUCUUGCUGUUAAUAAUAACAGAAACAAGGACAUGAUGUUGGCGGCCGGAGUGCUUCCACUGCUGGAUGAAAUUGUUGCAAAAUCGAAUUCUCAUGGAGCAGCAACAGCACUUUACCUGAAUCUUUCCUGUCUCGAGGAAGCCAAGCCCAUCAUUGGUUCAAGUGGGGCUGUUGCUUUCCUAAUCAAGGUCCUUGAAGGUGAAACAGAUCCACAGUGCAGGCUGGAUGCCCUCCAUGCCCUGUUUCAUCUCUCCACUCAUCCAUCCAAUCUUGAAAACCUUCUUUCAGCUGGUGUCAUCAAGUGUCUCGUAUCUCUUCUCACUGACUCGAGCGACAACUCAUGGAUAGAAAAAUGCAUUGCAGUCUUAAUGAACUUAGCUUCAAGUCAGUUGGCAAGAGAUGAAAUGAUUUCAGUCCCAGGCCUAUUUAGUGGGCUUGCAACCAUAUUGGACGCUGGCGAGCCUGCUGAGCAGGAGCAAGCUGCCGCUUUUCUUCUGAUUUUGUGUAAUGGAAACGAGAAGUGCAGCGAAAUGGUCCUUCAAGAAGGGGUAAUACCUUCGUUGGUGUCGAUGUCUGUGAACGGGACUAUGAGAGGGAAACAGAAGGCUCAAAAACUUCUGAUGCUGUUCCGGGAGCAGCGCCAGCGCGAUCUACCCCCUCCUCAGAUCCGUCAGCUGCCAGAAAGUAUCGAAGCCAGCAACAUGGAUGCGCCCGAGCCGGACUUGAAACCGCUAUCCAAGACGGUCUCCAGAAGAAAGGUGGGGAAAGUUUUGUCAUUUUGGUGGAAGAACAAGAGCAUGUCGGUGCAGCAGAGAUGAGACUGCUGAUGAUAUGCUACAAUGCUGUUGUAUAUUUCCUCUGUAUCUCCUUUCUCCUUCUAUGACCCUUAUAUGAUCUUUAGCAUUCCACACAAGAAGCAAGGAUUAUAUAGUUUUUGCCUUCCUCUUCUAGAUAGCCUUAUUAUAGUCUAUGCAUUUUUAAGUUCCAGCUUCCUGCUUCCAAUCCACAAUGUGAAGCAAACCUUCCGGUGUUUGCCUGUUUUAUUGAUGUAAUUUUUUGUAUAUCACCUUGUGGAAUAAUUCUCUGGUAUCCAAAUUUUUUUGGGUGCCAUUUUUUCUUCUUAUUCUUUGGAUGAGCUUUGAUAUAGUAGUCGUAAUA